AUGUAAUAUAAAUAUAAAAAUAUUUAAAUAAAUUUAAUAUUUUUUAAAAGUACUAAAUGUCAAUCAUUGACUUUAUAAUUAAAUAAUAGUACAUUUCAAGACAGUUUUAAGUCUAACACAACUUCUUCGACAAUUAAAUAAACAUAAAACAAUUCUAGUUUUAAAAAAUCUAUAAAUGAUUAUUAAUUUAUUGAUGAAUAAAAUUCUCCUAUCUUAGGUAAAGGUACAUACGGAACAGUAAAAUUAGCAUUAGACAAGCAUUCUAACGACAAAUAUGCAAUUAAAAUAAUAUAAAAAUAAAAAAUACUACAAUCAAAAACUGUGGAAAAUUUAAAGAAGGAAAUAAAAAUUCAGAAAAUGUUAAAUCAUCCAAAUAUUUGUAAAUUACACGAAUAUUUUGAAGACUAAGAAAAUGUUUAUUUAGUACUAGAAUAUGCAAAAUAAGGAAACCUAUAUUAAAAUAUGAUAAAAAUAAAAAAGUUUCCUGAAUAAAUAGCUUUCCGUUUUUUCUUUUAAACAUGUUUGGGUAUAGAUUAUUUACAUAGAAAUGGAAUUAUACACAGAGAUUUAAAACCAGAAAACCUUCUUGUUGAUAAUAAAGGGGAUAUUAAGUUGUGUGAUUUUGGUUGGAGUUCAGAGGUGUAUACUAAUGAUACAAAAACGACUUUUUGUGGUACAGUGGAUUAUUUAGCACCAGAAAUGAUAUAAGGUCUUCCUCAUGAUUGCAAGAUUGAUGUAUGGUGUUUAGGUAUUUUUCUAUAUGAAAUUUUACAUGGGUUUCCACCUUUUGAAGGUAAUAAUGAUAUGGAGAAAAUAUAAAAAAUUUAAAAUUAAAAAUAUAUUAAAUUUGGUGAAUAUAUAGGAAAAGAUUUAUAAGAUUUAAUUAAAUAAAUGCUUACAAAAAAACCUAGUAAAAGAAUUAAUAUGAUAUAGAUUUUUUAAAAUUAAUGGAUGAUAAAAUACUAUUAAAUUCUGAAUAUUAAUAUAAAAGAAGUUUUAGAAUAAUAAGACAAAAAUGCUAAAUAAUAAGAAAUAUUAGGAGUAAAUAAAAAAAUUGUAAAUUAAUAGAAAUAAUAACAAAAAUAAUAAUAGUAAGAAUAAAAAUAAUAAUAAAUAUAAAAAAAAAGUAAUAAUAAUAAUAAUAAUAAUAAUAAUAAUAAUAAUAAUAACAAUAAUUUAGUUUUACAAAUAAUAGUAAUC